AUGGCCCCCGGCCCAGCCAUUCACGCGACGGACAAUGUCGACCGUGCCGAGGCUCCAAUCACCAUUAAGGCCUACCUCAUCUGUGCCUUCGCCUCCUUCGGUGGUAUCUUCUUCGGUUAUGACUCCGGAUACAUCAACGGAGUCAUUGGCUCUGAUAUGUUUAUCCGCCUCAUUGAAGGCGACGACAGAGACACCCUGCGAUCCUCCUACCAAUCUCUGAUUGUUUCCAUCCUCUCUGCAGGUACCUUCUUCGGUGCUCUGAUUGCAGGUGAUGUCGCCGAGAGAAUCGGCCGAAAAUGGACCGUGAUCAUUGGUUGUAUCAUCUACACUGUCGGAGUUAUCGUCCAGAUGCUCACCGGCAUUGGAGGCUCUGCGCUCGGGAUCAUUGUCGGAGGCCGUGUUAUUGCUGGAUUCGGAGUCGGAUUCGAAUCUGCCAUCGUCAUUCUGUACAUGUCGGAGAUUUGCCCGAAGAAAGUCCGUGGUGCCCUCGUCGCCGGCUACCAAUUCUGCAUUACCAUCGGCCUCCUACUGGCCGCGUGCGUCAACUACGCGACCGAGAAACGCACCGAUUCCGGCUCAUACCGCAUCCCGAUCGCUCUUCAGUUUAUUUGGGCUCUGAUUCUCGGCGGUGGACUUCUCUUCCUGCCAGACUCCCCCCGCUACUAUGUUAAGCGAGGAAGGCUCGAGGAUGCCAGCAGAUCAUUGGUCCGGCUCCGUGGCCAGCCUGCCGAAUCCGAGUACGUUCAAAAUGAACUGGCGGAAAUCAUCGCAAACGAUGAGUACGAGCGCAGUGUCAUUCCCGCUACUGGCAUCGUCGGCAGCUGGAUGGCUUGCUUCACUGGUGGAUUAUGGUCUGCCAAGUCGAACCUGCGCAGAACCAUCUUGGGCACUUCUCUGCAAAUGAUGCAACAAUGGACCGGUGUGAACUUUAUCUUCUACUACUCCACCCCCUUCCUGAAAUCGACAGGCGCCAUCAGCAGCCCCUUCAUCAUUUCCCUGAUCUUCACCCUGGUCAACGUCUGCUCAACCCCGAUCUCCUUCUACACCGUCGAGAAGUUGGGACGCAGGCCCCUCCUCAUAUUCGGCGCCCUCGGCAUGUUGAUCUGUCAGUUUCUCGUCGCCAUCAUCGGUGUGACUGUCGGCUUCAAUCACACCCACCUCGACGCGGCGGGUGACCCUCUCGCCGACAACAUCGCAGCUGUCAACGCCCAGAUCGCAUUCAUCGCCAUCUUCAUCUUCUUCUUUGCUUCUACAUGGGGUCCAGGUGCCUGGAUCCUGAUCGGAGAGAUCUUCCCUCUCCCUAUCCGAUCCCGCGGAGUUGGCCUCUCCACGGCUUCGAACUGGCUCUGGAACACCAUUAUCGCUGUCAUCACCCCAUACAUGGUUGGUGAGGACUACGCCAAUCUCAGGUCCUCCGUAUUUUUCAUCUGGGGGGGUCUGUGCACUACCGCAUUUAUAUACUCGUACUUCCUCGUCCCAGAGACGAAGGGUCUCUCUCUCGAGCAAGUCGACCGCAUGUUCGAGGAGUCGACGCCGAGAACGUCUGCCAAAUGGGUGCCUCACGAGACAUUCGCUUCCGCGAUGAAGGGUGGCGAUGCAACCACUGUCGAGGAUAUUGAGAAGCGGUGA